AUGUCGUACGCCGAUGCUGCUCGCCAGAACGCCGGAGACCCAUCACAACAGCCUCGCCCUGACCCUAACCUCCUUACUACUGAACAAGAUGUUUCGGGCGGGUCUCUUCCUGACAUUUCGAGGAGCGUCAAUGUUGCCCCUUCGGACUUCAAGUCCAACCCGCACACCGUGACAUCCGAGACUACCCCAGCUCACCAGGGAGACUCUGACGAUGAAGGCUCUGGAAACCGCCCAGGAUCAGCGAAGAGGCGUGCUGCCAAGGAGCGUGCACGAAAUACUCUUCAUGAAGCAGAGGAGGAAGGUCUUUAUCUAUGGGGGCAGUUCAAAGAAAGGGUUCUUCGUCCGAGCACUGCAGGAGGUAUCCUGGGUGUCAUCAAUGUCGGACUCCUUGCUUUCGUCGGACGGGAGCUUUAUACCAAGCCUCACCUUAGGAGCGACAAGCGCACUCUUGGAAUUACAGCUGCUGCAGCCAUUGCCUUAUUGGGCGCUGAGGGCGCUCUCGCUGAUGCCUACGUCAAAACUCCUUCUGGUCAAAAGGAAAAAGAACGAGCCAAGAAGGAGGGCGCUGCUCUCUACCGCCACUCUCGUGAGAUUGUUCUCCGCCCAGGCGUGCUUGGCGGACUCGUGGGCGCCCUCAACUUAACCAUCCUCGGAGGGGUGGGUUAUGCCGCAUACCUGAACUGGGACAAACCUCGCUGGGACAGGCGGACAGUCUCGGCUAUUUCUGCUAGUUUGCUGACGUUGGCACUGGGUGAAGGAUACUUGGCCGAGAAAUAUGCAGAGAAAGAGUAUCCCAAGCGUAAAUAG